CAUUGAAAUAACCGAAACGAAAUAAUGCAAACACCAGUGUUUCGCAAACAGAUUUCCAGUGGCAAUUUUCAUAGUUAGUUGCCCAUCGAUCUUCUACCGUACGGUUUUGAUUUAUCCGAUUUUCAUGAGUUACAACGAAAAAUGAGGGUUCGCUGUUACGUCAUAUUUUUUUUUAUUUUAUCGCUCGACUGUGACGCGAAAAGUGUCGGUUGUGGUGAUGGUACCAAAGGCUGUGAGAGACCUUUCGAAAAAACUGAUACAGUGGUCAAGAAGAAGAAUAGACUGGAGGAACUCAAGGAGAAUGUGGGUAAGGUAGGGAAUAAACUUGAAGGCAUCGUGUACGAGGUCCUCAAAGACAUCCUCAAGGAUGACUUAGACUCGAGCGAGGAACGAAGGAACGUCACUAACGACCUGGUGAAAGAAAAAGAAAUUGUUAACAAUUCUUCAGUUAAGAAAGAUGAGUUAAUUCAUUCGGAUAGGUUGAGGAAACAUUUCGAAGCUGAAGAAACCACAAUUUCGAACGAAAUUGAGACCAAAACAACCCAGGCAAACCCAGCCGUUUACAAUUAUCAACUACUAGCCAGCAAUGUCCCUACAGCUGAAUCUGAUCCACUUCUAACCACAGUAAAAACUAAUGAAACUGUGGAUACCACCGAGGCAUCUCCAGCACCUACCACCACACAGAAAUCAAGACAAAAACGGAUGAUCCACGAGAAUGGAGAACAACAGUCGAGGUCAGUUGAGAGCUUCAUAGAAUCCAACCAGGACAAAAACUUUCAAGGGGAUCAACUACUAGAAGACCCAACAGACACUUCAAUGCCAGUAAAUCCUAUAAGAUUGCGGUCUAAAGAUGAUAACGUGAGGCGAGAUCCAAAAAAAGAACCGACAGAAGACAAUAAAAGUAAAAGGCCACAAGAUGAAGUCAGCAUGAGACAUCUGCCAAUGCCGGAUAACCCUCCAACAGAAGCCAUAGGGACACCGAUAAAAAAACAAUCCCCAAACAGGGGUACUGUCGAAAACAACACCAUAGAUACCCCAAAAAGAAGAAAAUCAUCACCGGACCUUCAAAGAUCCACCAGGAGAAAGACGAUCAACGAUGAUCAACCUGACUUUCAAUAUCAAAGUCAUCAGGAGAAGAAGAAGGUUUACGACAAGGGCAACGCAGUCAGUAGAAACAAUUUAGAAGAAAUGAACUUACGACAAACAAAUCCACAAGUGUCACUGGAAGACCUUUCAGAUUUUCAGCUUCCAACGAAGAAAAUCGCCCAAAAAAAUACCCAAAGAUCCAAUCCAGAGCCUAAAUUUCAAACGCAUCUAGAAACUAAAAAAAUAUUUUCUCCUGCAAAGGCUGGUGAGCAGGCUACAGACAAUCCAACUGAACUUGGGGACGCUAGGCUGGGACAGUCAUACAUGUGGGGAAACCAGCCCUCCAAUUGCUACGAAAAAAACAACCGGGACGACUUGCUGGAAAAACAGCACAUCGAAGACCUGAAAUACGAGGUGACCAAGCUUAGGAACGUCGUCGAUCUCCUGAAGGAGCAACAGAAACUCAUAAACUCCUUCGAUGGGGACAAGAAGACUAUGAACACUCAAGAAAUGAUGACCGUCUUGAACCAGCUAAAUAACAACAACGAUAAACCAGUGGCACUCGAUAAAACCCAGCAGUAUUCCGUCGAUACGACCACUAAAGCCAAACACGAGGAAUUGGGACAGAUCAAGGUUCAACUUAAAGAAGCCAUAGACAAUCUUAACAGGACGAAGGAGAUCUUGAAUCUUGAACAUAGGAAAGAAAUGACGUUGGAGACGGAACUUAAGAGUCAAAAAACUGAAAUCAACUGGCUGAAAUUGAUCAUUGAAAAUUUCAUAAUAGCCCAGGCAAAGAAGAAGAUAAAGGACGAACCAAACGAUACGAAAAUAAUCGAACCAGAAGUUAAAACGAUGAAUGAUACCAACCUGGUAGGGGCAAAAAAUCCUACAGUAUCCCUAAAAAAAACUCACAAUCGAACAAUUCCAAGCACAGUCCAAAUGGCUCAAGAAAAACUGAUGGAAAUGGAGCAAAUGCAUUCUAGGGAAAGUUCUACCAAUGAUGAAAACGAUAGGGGAUUCAAAAGACAGAUGGAUGAUAUAAAAGUUAGUUCACCAAAAGGCAGAGCAAGCAGUAUGUCCAACUUGGAAAAAUUGCUGGAUAAUCUCAGUGACAAACAGUCGAAAACCAUCGACGACGAUGAUAACUUCCAAAACAGAAUUUUCGACGCCAUAAAACAACUCAGGAAGAAAAAAGAAGAAGAAUCCUUCACCAAAGACCUCAUUAGAAAACUCCAAUUGAACACAGUGGAGAGCAAAUCCGAAGACGAUAUGCUAGUGAAAUUUCAGAAAGCCCUGAAGGCCCUAGAUAACCCUCAAGGUAAAAGCGACGAUCUGGAUAUCGAGGAUCAACUGAAAGUUCUUCAGAAAGAGAUUAACAAAUUGAAGUCAACAGACGUGAAUUUAUUCACUGGGGAACUGAAAUCUCCCGAAGAAGACAAUGCUCAGCUUCAGUUGAUGCUGACCAAACUCAUUGCUAACAAUCCGCAGUUGCAGGGGAUGAAGUUACCCCCGAUAACGCCUCAGCAGCUGAUACAAUUGCAGAAGAAAUUUGGAAAGAGACCAGGGAUUGUUCCGACUGGUAUGGGAAAUAUUGCAGUUGGGGGUGAUUUUGGAGUCACACCACCAGCCUCCAUCAUCAACGCUUUUCCAGCAGGAAUGGGAAAGGUGGGACCCUUAUACGGACCGUUUGCACCCAACCUUAGUCCAUAUGGCUCAAACGCAUAUGGCAAAGAUCUGGAUGGCACCUCAUCUCUCGGACCCUACUCUACCGCAUACGGACAAGACUUAACCAAGAUGUUGUAUGGUUCAUCACCAAGCAACCUCUACCCCUCCAACAACGAUUUCGCAGGAAACAUGGGAUAUUUUGGAAAUAACGGAUAUUUAGGCGGUGGUACUUACAGCUCGGGUUCAGUAUCAGGUUCGGCUUACUCCACCCAUGGCUCCAACUAUCCAUCUCCUUCUCUCGGUGUAUACGGUGCGUCCAAAACACCAUACGGUGGAGGUGUCAUGAAUGGUUAUGGCAACAUGUAUUCGCCUUAUAAACCUGCCUACGGAAAACUACAAGAUGGGUAUUCGUCGAUGAAUACCUACGGCAGCCAGCCUCUGACAUACUCCAACCCUGCUUAUGGACCUAAGGUUGAUCAGUAUGGCAACGACAAGCAGGGGUAUGGAAACAACAAUUUUUUUCAGAUUACCCAGCCUAGUACCUAUGGGAGUGGUCCACCAGCACCUUACCUCCCUCCAAAGGCAAUUGAUGCGGCAGGCCCUGAAAAAAUUUACGGAAAUCAACCGUCGUAUGCCGCCGGUGGUGCGCCGUAUGCUUCAGACAAAAUCGAAGAGCUCAAGACCCAGAUCUACGCCCUUCAAAACGCAAUCAGUACGUACAAUCGUCCGGAGUACACCCCAACCGCCGAGGACAAAAAUACCAUACGCAACCUUGAACAGCAGAUAGAAGAGUUGAAGGGUAUCGUGAACUCCCUCAAUGGCUAUUCAGGUGAACAACAAAAUUAUGGACAACAAGCAACGAGUCAAUACGAACCGACUCCAUACGGCUCCCCCAACGAACCCAAAAAUAUCGAAAGCUAUAAUAGAGAAAGCGAAAAGAGGAUCAAAAGAUCGAUACAGGAUGAAACAGCACCUAACCAAUUGAAUUCAACAGCAUCGAAACAUGAUGAGAAUCGUAAGGAAGUGGGUUUUUUGGAUAGGUUGGUGUCUUUGUUCGAAAAAACGUUUUCCGAUGGAGUCCAUAGGUCCAACAACGAGACUAGGAGACGAAGAUCCGUCGAAGAUAACUCUGUAGAUGAUGGCUCAUCUUCGAACGUGAUGGAUAAGUUGACUACAGUGUUGAGGGAGGUUCUGGAUGAAGAACCGGAAACGCAACCCAAACAACUUUUCGGGACAGGUCCCAUGCAGAUUAAUACAAUGAAUUCCUUAUCCAGAUCGGCGGAUAAUCAACAAGCUAACUCGAUUCCACAGCAAACUUCCUUGCAGGAUAUCAAGAAACAGAUAGACCAUCUCAAAAAACAACUGGGAACUUCGAAAUCAGCCAACAAAUCACCCGCCAACGCCCGAUCAGCCGACCCAUCCAACCAAUCACAACAUCCAACAGCACGACAUGCAAUCCUACCGGAUCCAUCCUACGGUUUCAACUACGCCCUAAGCCAGUUCCCCACCGAUCUCUCGGUGAAACCGAAGAAGCUGGAUAUUUUCAAGGAAAUCGUUGCGAAGGUGAUGGAUAAGGUGAUCGAAUCCCUGCCGGUCAUCCUGCAGAAGCUGUUUGGUUUCGCCGUGCACGAGUUGACAGCUUACGGGGAUGAAUACGGGGCAACAUACGGAUCAGAUAGCAGCUACCUGAGCGUGUUCCGAAACCUGGGUAUCUUCGGAUACCUACCGCUGAUACUGCUGAGGGUGGUGAACGCGGUGUCAACCUUCAUCUACAUCUUGCAGAAGAAUAAGUUCCUGAAGUACUUCUUGGUGCCCGCUGGGGUGGUCUUGUUGGUGACCGGCGGUAUGGUCUUCUUGAUUUGGUGGAUGCAACCUGGUGAUUUUUAUAUCAACUACGAUAAAGUUUCGUACGAUAAAGAAACGCCGUAUGGGGUUGACUACUCUUCGGGGGAUUACGGAAAGAGUAAUGGUCAAAUUGUGAAAACCUACGGAGUAGAAGAUGGCAAAUCUAGGCUCCACACGUACAACCACGCCGGGGAUUCGAAAUCACUCCAACCAAAUGGAUAUCCGUCGUUUUACAAGCCGAAUCUUGUAAUAACUUCAGACAAUCAGAUGCCUGUUUACAACGAAUAAAUUUUUUUUUUACUUUAAUUAAAAAAUUCCUCACAAAA